AUGAUGUCUGCGUCCAAAAGACAGUACUUCCAAUUGCUACCGGACAGGCUGAAAACCUUCUUCAAAAAGUACCCUCCUAGCGUGAAAUACAGUGAAAAACCUACAACAAUCAGUGCCGUCGAUGCGAACCCGUUUCUGGCAAACAAAAACCCGGCAACGGGCAGAUACCACAACCCCAAGUACUCCCUGAGACGCAUGAGCGAGCUGUACAAGUUGGCACACCAUUACGGGCUCCAAGAACUGCUCCCACCCAGAAACAAGCUGUUUUUCCAAGAAAAAUACGACCAGAAGAAGUUCAUGAAAGGUGUGUUGCUGCCCAAGGGUCACAAACACGAGCUCGCACACUCUGAGAAAAUGCAGAAGAUGAAGGCGGCUAUUCGCAACGCAGAUGAGGUGAUUCUGGAGGCCAAGGGUCGCAAAUAUGCGAGAAAAUUGGAGAAACGGAAACAGGGAAAGACCCCCAGUUGGUUCUGA